AUGAUGAAACAAACAUUUGUCCAUGAUAUUAGUCAUCAAUUACAAUCGGCCAUAUUCUCCUCAGGCCUAGCAGCUAAAUUAAUAUGUUUAUUUUGUAUUAUUGGAUAUGGUCUUUCAUAUAGUCCACAAUGUGUUCGAAUACUCACAGUCAUUCCAGGCCAUGUUAUGCCUCCAAAUUUUUGGAUUUGGACAUUUGUAACACAUACUUUUAUUGAAUUACACAUAUGGCAUACAAUAAUUGAUGUUAUUGUUGUUUUUCUUUAUUCAAAAAUGAUUGAACCAUUAUGGGGUACAAAAGAAUUAUUAAAAUUUUAUUUUAUUGUUACAAUACCAAAUGCAUUAAUUGUAACAUUUACUUAUUUUUUAUUUUAUGGUUUUACAUUUAAAGAAGAAUAUUUAUUUGAAAGACCUAUCUAUGGUUUAGCAUCAUUUAUCGGUGCAUAUUCAGUUAUUAUCAAACAAAUUAUGCCUGAUACAGUUAUAGCAACAACACCAUUUUUUAAACUUAAACAAGAUCAUGUACCAUUAUUGAUUAUUAUUUUAUCAACACUAUUAUGGAUUGCACAUGCUGUACCAAUACAUUUUUUAAUAAUGCUUAGUUUUGGUAUUAUUAUUAGUUGGACAUAUUUAAGAUUUUUUCAAAUUCAUCAAAAUGGAACGAAAGGUGAUAUGUCAUCAACAUUUUCGUUUGCUAGUUUCUUUCCAUCAUUUAUAUCACCAAUAAUAAGUGUUUUUGCGAAUACAAUUUUUGAAAUCUUUGUUAAAAUUAAAUUAUGUCAACCAUAUGUAAAGAAAUAUAAUGCUUCGUCAUCGUCAAGUAUUACUAUAACAAUUCCAGGAGCUGAAGCGGCUGAUGCUGAUAGACGAAGACAAAAAGCAUUAAAAGCUUUAAAUGAUCGUAUGAAAGUAAAAGAUACCUCAAGUGAAGCAUGGCCUGAAUUAGAUGACACUCAACAAAAUCCAUUAUUACCUCCUACACAUCAUAUAGACAGUUCAUCGGUAAAAAUAGACAUGAAUAAUUUACAUGGAAUAUCAACAUCUAAUAAAGAAGAUUUAAAUCAAGAACAAACAACAUCAUAA